AUGCUUGGUAAAAGAUAUGAUUUAUUGGUAUUUAUUUAAAUAUAUUAUUAAAUUAGUAAUUAAGUUGCUUUACAUGUAAUUUAACAGAUCAUAUGAGUAAUUGUUGUCCAUUAACUCAUUUCACUUUUGAAUCUUAAAAAAAUAUUAUGGGAUCAUAAAUUGUCAAAAAUGAAUAUAAAUAAUAAUAAAGAAAAAAAAUUAAAAGGAGAAAAAUAAAAUAAAAAAAUAUUAUUGUAAAUGCAGAUGAAUUUGAAAUUGAUGAAGUAUAAUUAAGUGAACUUAAAUAAUAAUAUGUUGAAAAAUCUAAUGAUAGUUAUGAUAUAGAUAAAGUAAAUAGUUUUAAAUAUUACUUUCCAUGCUAAAAUAUUGAUUCCUUCUAUUUUAAUUAAUUGAGGUAUGAUUUACUAAUUAAAAUAGAAAUAUUUCAUUUAACCAAAAGAAGUAUUUUACACCUCCACUUAGACAUUAGAUUGUACCAAAAUGA